UGAGAAGUGGGUGAGCACAUGCAGAAUAUCAGCAUGUGGGAGGAAACAGCCUGCUGCUUGAAUUCCCACCACCUGCCCAAGGCAGCAACUGGGAUGCACACAGAACUGAGGUGGAUGAAGGGACCACAUCAGCCAGGGUGGGAAACCUAUCAUGGAAAUGCAUCUAUCACAUACCCCCCCAGUGGUAUCAAGCUACAGAGUGAGAAGAUACAGGCAAAUACUUUGUCAUCCAUUUACAGGCUGAAGAUCAUGCAGAAGAUUUGCCUCUGGAUAGAUUUUGGAAGAGCACCAAGCUGAUGUGAUCCGUGGCUGUCAGCUCCAUUUGUGCUUCAUCACAACACAGAAAAUCUGACUUCUGGCACCAAGAGUUAGCACCUGUUUCUAGUGAUUCCAGGCACAAGCUCCUGGUUUCCAGUAGGGUCCUAAUCACACAACAUUUGUACUUAAGCUCCUCUGCAUGGUCAGAGGCAACAGAAAGGAUUUACCAGCUACUAUUGAAAUGGCUGAAGACUGUCAGCUUCUUUGGCUGAGUAAUAGAGAUGAUCCUUGUGAACCCUGUUUCAUCAAUAUUUGCUUUGCUUCCUCCUUUUUUCUGGUUGGCUCUAAUUUUUACUGGGUCUGUGUAAUGUUUAACAUCUCUAAUUAAGCAGAAGAUGAUGAAGCACUAUUAGUAACAGUGUGGGGAACAGCAUGGUCAACUGAAUGCAACAGGGCUUCUGAUUUUAAUAAUUUGAAAAGAAGAUGAAGUGUCUCCUGUUCCUGGGUUUACUCCUUGCUGUUCUAUGUGCUGUAACCCAUUGCUGCCCUGAAGACAUUUGCCAUGAAGUCAACAAUACUAAUCUGCAGAAUGGAAGAGAAAAUUUAUUAACAUAUAGCUGUGACAAGAAAGGCUCUAACUAUGCAGAUUUUGUAUUUAGAUUUUAUAAGCUGGUUUCAUCAAAAGAAGCUGACAAAAAUGUUUUCUUUUCUCCCAUGAGCAUCUCCACUGCCUUUGCCAUGCUGGCUGUUGGUGCUAAAUCAACCACUCUGUCUCAGAUUUUUGAAGGACUGGGCUUUGACAACCUGACUGAGACUCGCAUACAUGAUGUACAUGAAAGUUUUCACAAAGUUUUGUCAGUGCUGAACUGCACUGAUGUUAAUAUCACAUUAAAUAUAGGGAAUGCCCUUUUUACAGCUACUGGGUAUGAACCACAGGAGUCAUUUUUAAAAAAUACCAAAGAAUUUUAUGAUGCAGAUUUUUUCUCCAGUGAUUUUCACAAACCAGAAGCUACAAAGCAAAUCAAUAAAUAUGUAGAGGAGAAAACCAAGGGGAAAAUUCCUGAAUUAGUUGCUCAUCUUGAUCCCAGUACUGUACUGGUUCUUGUUAACUAUAUUUACUUUAAAGCUGCCUGGGAAAAGUCUUUUGAUCCUUUGCGUACAUAUGAGGAUGAUUUUUUUGUGAACACAAAUGCAUCUGUUAGAGUCAACAUGAUGCACCGUGAUGGUACCUCAAACAUUUACUACGACCAGGAUCUCUCCUGCGUGGUGGUAGAGCUGCCUUACCAGGGCACUGCACGAGCAAUGCUUAUUCUGCCUGAUGAUGGAAAGAUGAAGCAAGUGGAAGAUGCUCUCUCCAAGGAAACUGUUUGUAAAUGGGAUAGCAAACUUGUGACCAGGAAAUUAAAUCUGCAGUUACCAAAGUUUUCUAUCAGUGGGUCUUAUGAUGUUAAAGCCCUGUUUGAGCAAAUGGGCAUCACUGAAGUGUUCUCAGGUAAUGCUGAUCUGUCUGGAAUUACUGGCAGUCACGAUCUCCAGGUCUCACAAGCAAUUCACAAGGCCUUGCUGGAAGUUGAUGAGGCUGGAACUGAAGCUGCAGGAGCCACUGCCUUAAUCUUUACCAGAGGUUCCUAUAUUUCUCAUACCAUCAAUUUCAACAGGCCUUUCAUUCUUUUGAUCUCUGACAAACGAACUAGCACCAUACUUUUCAUGGGUAAAAUUGUUGAUCCUACUAAGGAGUAAUUGCUAGGUUAUUUGGCAUACUGAUAUUGGGUAUGGGUUAUAAUGGCUACAGCAUUUGCAGUUUUGGGCUAGGUAGUGCUGCUAACUAGUCUCUGAUUGAGGGAUAUUUAUAAGUAAAUGAGAAAUUUCCUUACCAAAUUAAUAAGAAAACAACAUUGUAAAAAAUCACCAUCAACUGACACUUUUUAAUUGUAACAUUUUCCCCAGUUCAGUAAUUGUGUUUAAUUCAGUAAUUGGGUUUGCAUGGCAAGGUUUUGGUGGCAGGGGCCUGUGGGGGGUCUAUUGGGGUGACUUCACCAAGAAGUUGGCAGAAGCUUCCCCCGUAUCUGACAGAGCCACUGCCAGCCAGCUCCAAGAUGGACCUGCUGCUGCUGAGGGCUGAGCCUAUCAGGAAUGAUAGUAACAGCUCUGUGGUAACAUAUUUGAGAAGUGAAUAAAGUUAUUUCACAGAAGUAAUUGAGGCCAGAGGAGUGCGGAUUGAGAAUAAAUGACAGAAACCACCCUGCAGACAAAAAGGUCAGUGAAGAACAAGAGGAGGAGGUGCUUCAUGUGCCAAAGCAAAGAUCCACCUGCAGGCUGUGGUGCAGACCAUGGCGAGCAGGCUGUCACCAUGCAGCCCACGGAGGUCCAGGGGACAGCUGAGAUCCACCUACAGCCCAUGGAGGAGGUGGAUGUCCAAAGGAAGGCUGUGAUCCCAUGGGAAGCCCACACUGGAGCAGACUCCUGGCAGGACCUGCAGACCCAUGAAGAGAGGAGCCCACUCUAGAGCAGGUUGGGUGCCUGGACUUGUGACCACGUGGGGGACCUGUGCUGAGCAGCCUGUGCCUGAAGGAUGGCGUCCUGGGGAAGGGACCCACAAUGGAGCAGUUGAUAAAAAACUGCAGCCCAUUGGAAGGAGACACACUGGAGAGGUUCAUGGAGGACUUUCUCCUGUAUGAGGGACCCCACACUGGAGCAGGGAAAAGACUCCUCUCCCUGAGGAGGAGGCAGCAGCAGAACCAUGUGAGAAACUGACCAUGAGCCUUAUUGCCCUCCUCCCUGAGAUGGGGAAAAGGUGUUUUUAAGAUUUAUUUCUCAUAAUCCUGCUCUGAUUUUGAUUGGUAAUAAAUUCAAAUAAUAUCUCCAAGUCUAAUCUAUUUUGUCUGUGACAGUAAUCAGUUUGUGAUCUCUCCCUAUCCUUAUCUCGAUUCAUAAACCUUUCAUUUUGUUUUCUCUGCAUUUUUGAAUUGAGGAAAGGAGUGAUGGAAUGACUUUAGUAGGCAUUUGUCAUCCAACCAGGGUGAAACCACCACAACAAUUCAACUUAUUAAUAUAUAUUCUGAAUUUUCCAUGGAAGAUAACUUUUUCUUAAGUAUGUUGUUAUAUUUAAAAGUGAAUUAUCUCUGCUAAGGAGCUUUGUACUGUUUCCAGUUCUGGUUACUCACCAGAAGUUUUAUCUCAAGGUAACAACUCUUGUCAUUCUACUGUGUCUUCUCCAGUAUUCACCUGAGCUGGUGACAGUCCUUUCCUCCUUACCUCACUCUUUGCUCCCUAGGUUGCUGUUUAUCCCCAUCAGCCUGUUCUUUCUCACAUGUUCCAACUCUUUGGCUAGGACAUCUUAAGAAAUCAUUGACAAAGAGAAGGAGACUAAUCCCUGAAACAAUAGACUUAUUCUGGUGUAGCUCUUACUCUAAGUGCCUCUUUGCACUCCACAAGGCCGACUUUAAGAGAUAAUGACAUUAGGCAUAGCAGAAACUGUCAAAGAAUUGUCUGUGAAAAAAUGUCAUUCAUGAAUAAUUGAU